AUGUUCACCAUCUCCACGCUCCCUUGGCUCUGGCUUUCCAUUCUUUCCGCAACCAUCUCGGUACUUGCGCACGACAUUACCUACGUUACAGUAACAACUACAUCCACACUCGUUAUAUCAGUCUUCAAUUUCGUACCAACCACGCAUCGGACUUCAACACACCCUAUAUCCACGAUUGCAUACUCAAACACGAGUAUUCCAGCGCUCACCGUCACACCUACAGCAACAAUGAACGUACGCCUGAGUAAAGAGAGAUAUCAGCUUUCAUAUUCCUCGACUUUGAAUAUACAAACGGCUACUACCAUGGCCGCUCCAGUGAGCACAGCCGCACGUGAGAAAGAAGACACAGAGGGUGAUGCGCAUGAGUCGCAUUCACACACCACGCCUCCGUUUCGUUCCGAAGUCCCAAAGCCCGCGUGGAUCAUCCCCAGCACCACAGCGCUGCUCUGCUUCGACUUCCUAGCCGUGACGUUUUUCGUAUGGUGCUGGGUCAUGGGCUGGUUUUCUUGGUGGAGGGGGGACCAAGGCCGUGAUCAUGGGAUGGGACGGGGACGAGGGCAAUCAUAUAGGACGGGAGAAGCAAGAGGCUCAGGCACAAGAGUGCUAGUGAACCAGAACGUAGAGCGGGAAAUGAGAAUGUUGGGCAUGGUAUGA